CGGCGGUGAUUGAGCACAGGGCGUACGCGAGGGUGGGCCUGCUGGGGAACCCGAGCGACGUCUACUACGGCCGCACGAUCUCCUUCACCGCCGGUAACUUCUGGGCCACUGUGCGGUUGCAGCCGUCCGAUGAUCUCGUCAUCCAGCCCCACCCCACCCACGAUCUCGUCGUCUUCCGAUCCCUCCAUCACCUGUCAAGCGGAGAUGAGGAAGGGAAUGGAAGAAUCUGGCGAUGGACAGAAGAAGUUGGAAGGAGCGAGUUCAAAGGGGUUAAGCAGGCCUCCUAAGGAUUUUUAUCCGAUUGCCGCUUGUUACUAUACAUAAUACACUUAAGAACAACCCGACGCCAAAAGAUAGCUCGCUAGUUCACAGGAAGUACACGCUGGAAAUAUUACCCGGAAAGUGUGUGUGCAUCUAUUUUAUCAUUAAAGCUGGCGGACCCGUUGGUACAAUUUUGUUAGGGAACAGAUAGAAAGAAUGUAAAAGCUGUAAGAAGUGGGAUCCCAAUGAGAUUUCCCUCGUCACUAGUGACGUGGCUGGAUAAACAAGAAUUGAAGUGGGCCAGGCCCAGCAAACGCCGCCUCCAAUGACUGCGCCUUCACGCGGCGGGAGAGGAUCACUUCAGUGAGCUGAACAAUUGAAGUCGAAAUGGACGAGCACCACAAAACGACGUCGUCGGCGGAAGCGGCGGUGAUUGAGCACAGGGCGUACGCGAGGGUGGGCCUGCUGGGGAACCCGAGCGACGUCUACUACGGCCGCACGAUCUCCUUCACCGCCAGUAACUUCUGGGCCACCGUGCGGUUGCAACCGUCCGAUGAUCUCGUAAUCCAGCCCCACCUCACCCACGACCUCGUCGUCUUCCGAUCCCUCCAUCACCUGGUGAAUCGGUUAGAUAGUGAGGGAUAUUAUGGAGGUGUUCGAUUGCUGAUGGCGAUUUGCAAAGUGUUCGUUGAUUAUUGCAAGGAAAAUGCGAUUGAAUUGGAAGCUCGAAAUUUCACUCUCUCGUAUGAUACGAAUAUCCCUCGCCAGACAGGACUUUCGGGGUCUAGUGCGAUUGUGUGUGCAGCCCUGAGCUGCCUUCUUGACUUCCACAAGGUUAGGCAUUUAAUCAAAGUGGAGGUCCGCCCCGGCCUCAUCCUCAAUGCCGAGAAGCAACUUGGAAUUGUUGCCGGUCUUCAAGAUCGCGUGGCGCAGGUUUAUGGCGGCCUUGUUUACAUGGAAUUUGCCAAGGAAGACAUGGAUACAUUGGGGCAUGGAAUUUACACACCCAUGGAUGUUAGUCUUCUUCCGCCUCUUCACCUCAUCUAUGCCGAGAAUCCAAGCGAUUCUGGGAAGGUACAUAGUACAGUUCGUCAAAGGUGGCUCAACGGUGAUGAGUUUAUAAUAUCAUCGAUGACAGAAGUUGCAGAUAUUGCACUAGAAGGAAGGACGGCUUUACUUGAAAAGGACUACGCUAAAUUAGCUUCUCUCAUGAACAGAAAUUUUGACGUUAGAAGAAGCAUGUUCGGAGACGAUGCUCUAGGUGCUUUAAACAUAGAAAUGGUGGAGGUGGCCCGGAGGGUGGGUGCAGCAUCCAAAUUCACAGGUAGCGGAGGGGCAGUCAUCGUAUUUUGCCCCGAUGGUCCUUCACAAGUGAAGCUCUUAGAGGACGAGUGUCGAAAGGCUGGCUUUAAACUUGACCAGAUAGACGUCAUUCCCUCUCUUCUAAACGAGGUUGACCUACAAACCUUGUCAAAAUAAGCAAUGAGUUGGUGUCUUUCGAUUUAGUUCUCUUGCUUAGGAACACAGUUUUUAGUACUCCCUUGUAUUGGUACAGUGAGAACUAUCAAUCCUGGUCUUUUAUCCGUCAAGAAAACUACGAAUUGAAACGAUCUAUGAAUUGUUGAUUGUUUUGUUCGA